UGAUUUAGUUUUUGUUUUUGAAUUUAAUUUUGUCAAAAUGAUUGAAUUAGGUUACAACUAUCUUCACUGGUUUAAACGCCACUACUUCCUCUACAUAUUUGGUUUUUUAAUAUAUUUCAAACCGAUCGAACCAUUCUAUCGCGAAAUGGUUAUAUCCACCAAAAACAUCACUGAACGAGAAUUCGACGAGGAUAUUCUCCCACUGGCCGCUUAUUCGACUGUGAUAUUUGCCCUGUUGAUAUUCUUUUUUCUAAUUUUUACCUAUUUUACUCACGUGUUUAUUCUGACUCUUAUUGGAUCACUCACCUACACAAUUUCCAGUUGGAAGGGUGAAGUUGUUACCGAUCUACAAGUGUCUCAAGUGUUUUAUGGUGCUGUUGUUUCAAGCGAAAUUAUGUAUUUUGCGUCAAUUUACGUUUGUCAUGGCACAGGGAAAAAUUUUGCUAAACUGACAAGUUCCAUUAGGGCGGUACCCCUCUGUGCUAAGGUCGUUUCAGCGGUACUUGCCUAUGUUUUGACGCAAGUGGCGCUUUUGGAUUACCAAGAAUUGGUGUUUUUGAGUGUUCCAUGUAAAAAUAACGAUUUUUUUUAUAUAAAAAAAAUAAUUUUUUGCAGCUGUCGUUCAUGCACUUCCCUGUGUUUGAGAUGGAGGAACCGCCAAGUUCGAUUCGUCUUAAGAUAUCGUGGUUCAAAACACAGUUUUCUGAAACUUUUGCAAACAAACACAUCCUGAAGUGGUCUCUGUGGAGUGGUUUUAGCCUUUGUGGCUACGUCCGAAUCUCCGCUCUCAUGGAGUCGUUGUGGAAAGAAACCCAGCUGAAAAAUGACGAAACCUCCUUGAACAUUGUUG